AUGAUCUUCAUCUUGAGCCCCUGCCGACCCCAAAAUGCCCCAAAGCAGCAGCACAUCUGGGUGAAGCUCUUCCUAUCAAAGCUUCCUAUCACCAACCUUGGUGCUGGGAGGGGAGCCAUGAUGUAUGCUGAGGAACAGACUUAUCUGUACAUCCGCCACAAUCACCGCCAUUUCCACUGCGUUGAUGUUCUCGAGAUUCUGCCCUACUUGCCCUGCCUCACAGCAAAUGAUCAGGAUCGCCUGCGGGCCGCUUACACACGAAUAGGAAACCGGGACACCCUCUGGGACCUCUUCAACAGCCUCCAGCGGCGGAAAAACUGGGUGGUUUGCCUCAUUGAGGCGCUGAGGGCCUGUGCCCAUUCCGAUCUUGCUGAAGAAGUGACCAGGGUUUAUGAGAGCAACUUAGCCAGUGAACCCGCUGAGGUUCCAAGACCCGCUGAGGUUCCAAGAGCCGCUGAAGUCCCAAGACCUGCUGAGGUUCCAGGGCCCGCCGAGGUUCCUAGUGUCCCUUACAAUGGCUACAGAGAGGAUGAGUCAAGUUACCCCACGCCUGUCCAGGACACCAGGCCACCAGAGUCCCUGGGGGAGAAAUCUGAGCAAGCCCCACAGACACCCAGCUCCGGGGCUGUCCCGAGGAAGCCACAUGGGCCCCCAGAUCCCUCCUCUGACGUGGCAGCCCUCAGCCCUCCGACCUCCGGCAGACAUCAGGAACAGGACUCAGAACUGGGCAAUACCCACCCUGCAGGCGUGGUCUCCAGUCCGACAACACCCCGUGGACCAGUGUCUCCAUCCGUCUCCUUCCAGCCCCUCGCCCGCUCCACACCCCGGGCAAGCCGCUUGCCUGGACCCCCAGUGUCAGCUUCACCCUCUGGCACCUCCUCCAGCUCCAUACCCCUUGGCUUGGCUUCUCCAAGAGGCGCUGGUCACCAGGGUGAGGUUUCAACCUGUGACAGUGAGACGGUGAGACCUGCCAGCACCAUGCCCGCCAGCACAGCACUCGCCAGAGUGCCGGCCAGCUCAGUGCCCAUCAGCUCAGCAACCUCCAAGCUGCCUACGAUGCCUGUGAAAACUGUGCCCUCCAAAGUGCCUGCCGGUUCAGCCUCUGCCCACCCACUGCCUUCCAAGUUGCCCACCAGUGUAAAACCUGCUGGUACAAUGCCCCCGAACGUGCCUCCGUCCAAGUUACCCGUCACCACGGUGUGUGCGGGCACAGUGCCACCAAAAGUAUCCACUGGCUUGGGGCCUAACAAGGUGCCCACUAAUGCAGUACCCAGAAAUAGACUAGAGGAAACUACAGAGGUUCUUGCACCUGCAGGCCCGAGAGGUCAUGCUCCUUCGUCAGACAACAGAACCGAAGACUUGGCCACAGUGUCAGAACUGAGUAAGCCAGGGGUGCUGGUAUCCCGGGUGGACAGCCAGCCUUUCUCGAUCUCCUCUGAGGACCUAGCCAUCAGCCGUAGUGACUCCCUGCAAGGGGGGCCCGUCCAAGUCCCAGAAGAGGAUGAGUAUGUGUCCAGGUCUGUGAGCUCCUUUGAAAUCCACACAGCUGAAGACCCCAGUGCUGACCUCCUGGAUGGCAACCCCAGAUCGCCUGCCCCCUUGGAGCCCCCAGUACAGGAGGUGCUGGAGACUGAGGUGCAGUACAACAGAUUGUCCUUCUGGAAGCUGGGGUUCACAGUUGCCACAGCUGGGGUGCUCCUGGCCGCACUCCUGUCGCUGUACCGGCGGCGCCUGCCCCAAUGA